GAACGCUAUUAAGCGUUCUAGUCUAACAAUAUUUCUUUACCUUGCAUUUUUAAUACGUGUAGGUUCUAAUUGAAGUUGAGGUUGAUCUCUCUUGAUCUCGUUUAUUUUUGCCGGUGUUGUUAAAUUUAAACAAUCAGAAUGGCAAGCGAUAAAAGGGGUAUCCUUUAUUUGUUCGAUCGUCCAGCUGAACCAGUUUAUGUGCCUAAGGGAGAUGAAAAGGUUGCCUUUGAUAUACCACCUAAUUAUUUGCCUGAUAGAUACCGUUCCGUUGCUACCCAAGUGUUCAAUCGUUUCGGUGAUGACGCAGAAUCGAAGCUUCAAGUGAAGCAAAUUACGCUUCCGGAUCUGAGUAUUCCUAUGCAACUUGGACGUAAUCAACCCUUCUCACUUUUUAUUCCAGCACAUCGAAGAGUAGCUGCUCGUCUUAUUGAUAUUUUCAUGGGUAUGAGAACGUACGAGGAUUUCUUGUCUGUCGCAGUUUAUUGCCGUGAUCGUCUGAAUCCGAAUAUGUUUAUCUAUGCGCUUUCAGUAGCGAUACUUCAUCGUCCUGAUACUAAAGACUUACCAGUACCACCAUUAACUGAAGUAUUCCCUGAUAAAUAUAUGGAUAGUGGUAUCUUUUCUAGGGCGAGGGAGGAAGCUAAUAUCGUUCCUCCUGGUUCAAGGAUACCAAUUGAAAUCCCUCGAGAUUACACCGCUUCAGAUCUUGAUGAGGAACACCGCGUGGCUUACUGGAGGGAAGACAUCGGAAUCAAUCUUCAUCAUUGGCAUUGGCAUUUGGUCUAUCCAUUUGAAGGAGAUAUUAGAAUUGUUAACAAGGAUCGACGUGGAGAGUUGUUUUAUUACAUGCAUCAACAAGUGAUGGCUAGAUACAACUGCGAACGCUUGUGCAACCGACUUGGACGAGUGAAGAGGUUCAUCAAUUGGCGUGAACCGAUUCCAGAAGGUUACUUCCCAAAACUAGAUUCCCUAGUUGCUAGUCGUACAUGGCCAGCUCGACCAAGUGGUGCUGUCCUCAAGGACGUCAAUCGACAGGUGGAUGAAUUGGAUUUCGAUAUUCAGGAUCUGGAAAGAUGGCGUGAUCGUAUCUUUGAGGCGAUUCAUACAGGAUCUGUAAUCAACACCAGAGGUGAAAGAAUACCAUUGACAGAGAAAAAUGGAAUUGAUGUGCUUGGGAACAUAAUGGAAGCUAGUAUACUCUCUCCUAAUCAAAACGUCUAUGGUGAUCUUCAUAAUUUUGGUCAUGUUGCUAUUUCUUAUUGUCACGAUCCGGACCACCGUUAUCUAGAGAGUUUUGGUAUCAUGGGUGAUUCAGCAACUGCCAUGAGGGAUCCUGUGUUCUACAGAUGGCAUGCUUUCGUUGAUGACGUUUUCCAGGAGCAUAAAAACACUUUACCUAACUACACUGUACAACAGUUGGACUUCCCAGGUAUUGAAAUAGCUGAUGUUGGACUGACAACUAAUCAACAACGCAACGUGCUGAACACUUUCUGGACCAAGAGCGACGUAGAUCUAUCGCGUGGACUUGAUUUCACUCCUCGUGGUCCAGUACUCGCUAGAUUCACUCAUUUAAAUCACGCAGACUUCUCGUACAAGAUUGUCGUCAAUAAUCGUAACAAUACACCACAAAGGGGCACGGUUCGCAUCUUUAUCGCUCCCAAGGAAGAUGAGCGUGGACUGCCUUACACAUUCAGACAACAAAAGAACCUAAUGAUCGAAAUGGACAAAUUCCCUGUAACAAUUAAACCUGGUCAGAAUACAUUUGAACAUCGAUCAUCGGAGUCCUCUGUAACUAUACCCUUCGAAAGAACUUUCCGCAAUUUAGAUGAAAAUAGACCUACCGCAAACGGAACAUUGGAACCAUUCAAUUUCUGUGGAUGUGGAUGGCCACAACACAUGUUGGUGCCUAAAGGAAACAAAGAAGGCUUCCCAAUGGAACUGUUUGUUAUGGUGUCUGAUUACAAGGGUGAUGCUGUCCAACAAGACGAACCAACUGGUUGCAAAGAUGCUUCGAGUUUUUGUGGAUUAAGAGAUAAGAAAUAUCCGGAUGCGCGAUCCAUGGGAUACCCAUUCGAUCGUCAACCACGUGCUGGUGUUGAAAAUUUGUCCCAAUUUCUUACCGGAAACAUGGCAGUUGCUGAAAUAACAGUUCGGUUUUCGGACACUGUUGUACCGAGAUCUAGAACUGGAGGCGUAGGAAACACGUUAACUUUUGGCUAACAAUAUGCGUUUUAUGUUCUUUUGUGGAUUGUUAGAUAAAUGAUGACAUAUAAUUGCCUAAAAUUAAAAUAAGUAAAAGAACAAAAAAAUUUAUAAAAAUAAACUUAUAAUAAUUAAUA